UUUCAACACUCACAACGUCCAACUCUCCUGGAUUCACACGCACUAAAUAUAGCAGCCUUAAAGCCAGAUGGGACUGCAGGGGAGAUUUAAAACUACUGCGAAGAAACACGGAGACGGACAGAAAGUUUUUUUUAGUAAACAUUUUCAGUGGUCUGUUCAGUUUGGGCUCUGUGAAAUACAAGAUUGGGGAACUACUAGACUGAAUCGAAGUCUGGAUUAAAGGGUGGACUGGUUUACGUCAAGGAAAGUUCAAUAUUUUGUUCAACGGCUGGCCUUAAGUUACUCCAGGAGAAAUGAUAUGCCACUUGUCUCUUCUAAUUGUCCUCAGUCUUUCUGUGUCUCAGUGUCUCGGAGGAUGUGCGGAGGUGGACUCCAUGACUGAAGCCGUGGCAGGAGAAGGAUUCCUGCUGGGCUGCAUCUCCUGUAAAAGAAGAGAGGAGGUCUCUGCACGAGCCACUGUAGACUGGCACUUCAAACCGCUCGGAGAGGAGGAGUUCAUGCAUAUUUUUCACUAUGACCACCCCAGUUCCGACAUAAUCCAUGAAGAUUUCAGUGACCGUCUGGAGUGGCAUGGGACACAAAACAGCGAUAUUCAGACAGGAGCUAUUUACAUUUAUAAUGUCACCUUUAAUGACACAGGGACGUACCGCUGCACAAUCCACCGCACUCUCUUCAUGGUGAAUCAUAAUGAGCAAGUCACUGUGGAGAAGGAGGUGGAGCUCAGCGUGGUGGCUGUAGCCAAUCGGGAGCUGACAGCAGUGAUCUCAGAGAUAAUGAUGUACGUGCUGAUUGUGGUUCUGCAGCUGUGGCUCAUUCUGGUUCUAGUGUACUGUUACAAGAAGAUUUCAGAGGAGCACGAAGCUCGGGAGGCCCGUAAAGCUCUCAAAGCUCAGGCAGAGCUGUUAGAAUCAAAAGACACCUGUGACGGGGUGCAGCUAGAGUAAAAUUACCGGUAACAAGCUCAUCUCUCCGCGAGUCAAGCUUCAUUAUUGUGCCAUGAUGAGAGGUUGAAAUUUGAAUGCCUUGGUCAACUAGCUGAUGAUGCAGUAGGCAGGGGAGAUUUCUCCUUUGAAUGAAAUUCAGUGUCUAAUGUAGUCUGUGGGACUAUUAAAUGCUUGAAAGUUUGUAGAUUUGUAAAUAAAGUUUUCAAUAAUUCAAUAAAUUAUUUUUAUUGUUGAAUAA